CGCCUCAGGAAUCUCGCGAGAGGGACCACGACUUCCUCCCUGGGUUUCUCUUUCCCCCGCCCUGUUCUCCUCCCUCCCUCUCCUCACCCCUCCCGGGUCGAAGUGUCCCUGCGCCCCACCGGCCGGAGCAGCAGUGAGAGCAGCUUUCCCCGCUCCCUCCUCCUCGCCUCACUCACCCCCACCCCCCCGCCAAGCGAGGAGGAGCCGGAGGAGAGGAAGAUGGCGGCGGCCGCCAGUACCCGCGGGGCCGCGGGGCCGCUCCGAGGAGCCUGAGAGACCCACAGAGGCUUCGCGGGAAGACGCGGCGGCGGAGGAUGAGCCUGCAGAGCGCGCAGUAUCUCCGAAUGUCUUAAGCCAUUCUACCUUAUGAGAAAUUGGAUGUUCUUGCAGAUAGUCAUUGUGGGAGAAAACGUUUCAUUUAAGUCCCAGAUGAGGACCGGAAACUUGAAAUCAGAGGAGCAUCUGAAAUCAAGUAAUAUUAGGCAGGCAGAAGUCCUGAAAGCUGACAUGACAGAUUCUAAGCUGGGUCCAGCUGAGGUCUGGACAUCCAGGCAGGCUCUGCAGGACCUGUACCAGAAAAUGCUAGUUACUGAUUUGGAAUAUGCUUUAGACAAGAAAGUAGAACAGGAUCUCUGGAAUCAUGCCUUUAAGAAUCAGAUCACAACACUACAAGGCCAGGCAAAGAAUCGAGCAAACCCGAAUCGGAGUGAAGUUCAGGCAAACCUUUCUCUGUUCCUAGAGGCAGCUAGUGGCUUCUAUACUCAGUUAUUACAAGAACUGUGUACAGUGUUUAAUGUAGAUUUACCAUGCCGUGUGAAGUCUUCCCAGUUGGGAAUUAUCAGCAAUAAACAGACGCAUACCAGCGCCAUAGUGAAGCCACAGUCUAGCUCCUGUUCCUAUAUCUGCCAGCACUGCCUCGUCCACCUUGGAGACAUUGCUCGCUACAGAAACCAGACCAGCCAGGCAGAGUCCUACUAUAGGCAUGCAGCUCAGCUUGUCCCCUCUAAUGGCCAGCCUUAUAAUCAGUUGGCUAUCUUAGCCUCUUCCAAAGGAGACCAUCUGACCACAAUUUUCUACUACUGCAGAAGCAUUGCUGUGAAGUUUCCUUUCCCAGCUGCCUCCACUAAUCUACAAAAGGCACUUUCUAAAGCACUGGAAAGCCGGGAUGAGGUGAAAACCAAAUGGGGUGUUUCUGACUUCAUCAAGGCCUUUAUUAAAUUCCACGGUCAUGUGUACCUGAGUAAGAGCUUGGAAAAGUUGAGCCCUCUUCGAGAGAAAUUGGAAGAGCAGUUUAAGAGGCUGUUAUUCCAAAAAGCUUUCAACUCUCAGCAGUUAGUUCACGUCACUGUCAUUAACCUGUUUCAACUUCAUCACCUUCGUGACUUUAGCAAUGAAACAGAGCAGCAUAGUUAUAGCCAAGAUGAACAGUUGUGUUGGACACAGUUACUGGCCCUCUUCAUGUCUUUUCUUGGCAUCCUGUGCAAGUGUCCUCUCCGGAACAAGUCUCAGGAGGAGUCCUACAGCACCUAUCCCCUUCCUGCAGUCAAGGUCUCCAUGGACUGGCUGAGACUCAGACCCAGGAUCUUUCAGGAGGCAGUGGUAGAUGAAAGACAGUAUAUUUGGCCCUGGCUAAUUUCUCUUCUAAAUAGUUUCCAUCCCCAUGAAGAGGAUCUUUCAAGCACUAAUGCUACACCACUUCCAGAGGAGUUUGAGUUACAAGGAUUCUUGGCUUUGAGACCUUCUUUCAGGAACUUGGAUUUUUCCAAAGGCCACCAGGGUAUUACCGGAGACAAAGAGGGUCAGCAACGACAAAUACGGCAGCAGCGCUUGAUCUCUGUAGGCAAGUGGAUCGCUGAUAAUCAACCAAGGCUGAUUCAGUGUGAAAAUGAGGUAGGGAAAUUAUUGUUUAAUACAGAAAUCCCAGAGUUAAUACUGGAAGACCCCAGUGAAGCCAAAGAGAACUUCAUUCUGCAAGAAACAUCCAUGAUAGAGUCACUGGCUGCAGACGGGAACCCAGGACUGAAAUCAGUGCUGUCUACAGGCCGCAGUCUAAGCAACAACUGUGACACAGGAGAGAAACCAGUGGUCACCUUCAAAGAGAACAUUAAGCCACGAGAAGUGAACAGAGACCAAGGAAGAAGUUUUCCUCCCAAAGAGGUGAGAAGGGACUAUAGCAAAGGAAUAACUGUAACUAAGAAUGAUGGAAAGAAGGACAACAACAAGAGGAAAACAGAAACCAAGAAAUGCACCUUAGAAAAGUUACAGGAAACAGGAAAGCAGAAUGUGGCAGUGCAGGUAAAAUCUCAGACAGAACUAAGAAAGACUCCAGUAUCUGAAGCCAGAAAAACACCUGUCACUCAAACCCCAAGUCAAGCAAGUAGCUCCCAGUUCAUCCCCAUUCAUCACCCUGGAGCUUUCCCUCCUCUUCCCAGCCGGCCAGGGUUCCCGCCCCCAACGUAUGUUAUCCCCCCUCCUGUGGCAUUUUCUAUGGGCUCAGGUUACACCUUCCCAGCUGGUGUUUCUGUCCCAGGAACCUUUCUUCAGCCUACAGCUCACUCUCCAGCAGGAAACCAGGUGCAAGCUGGGAAACAGUCCCACAUUCCUUACAGCCAGCAACGGCCCUCUGGACCAGGGCCAAUGAACCAGGGACCUCAACAACCACAGCCACCUUCCCAGCAACCCCUCACAUCUUUACCAGCUCAGCCAACAGCACAGACAACAAGCCAGUUGCAGGUUCAAGCUCUAGCUCAGCAACAGUCCCCUACGAAAGCUGUGCCGGCUUUGGGGAAAAGCCCUCCUCACCACUCUGGAUUCCAGCAGUAUCAACAGGCAGAUGCCUCCAAACAACUGUGGAAUCCCCCUCAGGUUCAAGGCCCAUUAGGGAAAAUCAUGCCUGUGAAACAGCCCUACUACCUUCAGACCCAAGACCCCAUAAAACUGUUUGAGCCGUCAUUGCAACCCCCUGUAAUGCAGCAGCAGCCUCUAGAGAAAAAAAUGAAGCCUUUUCCCAUGGAGCCAUAUAACCAUAAUCCCUCAGAAGUCAAGGUCCCAGAAUUCUACUGGGAUUCUUCCUACAGCAUGGCCGAUAACAGAGCCAUAAUGGCACAGCAAGCAAAUCCGGACCGCAGGGGCAAACGGCCACCCGGAGUCUUCCGUCCAGAGCAGGAUCCUGCGCCCAGGAUGCCAUUCGAGGACCCCAAGGGCUCCCCUCUGCUUCCUCCGGACCUGUUAAAGAGUCUGGCUGCCUUGGAGGAAGAGGAAGAGCUGAUUUUUUCUAACCCUCCUGAUCUUUACCCAGCUCUACUGGGGCCUCUCGCCUCUCUUCCUGGACGAAGCCUCUUUAAAUCCUUGUUGGAGAAGCCCUCAGAGCUCAUGUCACAUUCAUCUUCUUUCCUGUCCCUCACCGGCUUCUCUCUUAAUCAGGAAAGAUACCCAAAUAACAGUGUGUUCAAUGAGGUAUAUGGGAAAAACCUAACAACCAGUUCCACAGCAGAACUGAAUCCCCCCUUGGCCCCCCAGGAGACGUCACUGUACUCCCUUUUUGAAGGGACUCCGUGGUCUCCAUCACUUCCUGCCAGUUCAGAUCAUUCAACACCAGCCAGCCAGUCUCCUCAUUCCUCUAACCCAAGCAGCCUGCCAAGCUCCCCUCCAACACACAACCAUAAUUCUGUUCCAUUCUCCAAUUUUGGACCCAUUGGGACUCCAGAUAGCAGGGAUAGGAGAACUGCAGAUCGAUGGAAAACUGAUAAGCCAGCCAUGGGUGGGUUUGGCAUUGAUUAUCUCUCGGCAACAUCAGCCUCUGAGAGCAGUUGGCAUCAGGCCAGCACUCCAAGUGGCACCUGGACAGGCCACGGCCCCUCCAUGGAGGAUUCCUCUGCUGUUCUCAUGGAGAGCCUAAAGUCUAUCUGGUCCAGUUCCAUGAUGCAUCCUGGACCUUCCGCUCUGGAGCAGCUGUUAAUGCAGCAGAAGCAGAAACAGCAGCGGGGACAAGGCACCAUGAAUCCUCCACACUGAGGCCAAAGUGGCAACCCUGGGAAUGAAGGCUCCAUAAACCAUGGCAUGUUGGGUUUGCAGGACUGGCCCACACAGUCCCCUGCAGGUGGCAGCCCUCUUUUCUGUUUCUUGCUGUCAAGAGGGUGUAAGUGUUCCACCAGCCCACUGAGUGUGCACGAAACGUCCGCAGUGCAACAAAAAGAGAAAACCAUCAGAAACUCUCCACCCCCGCAGGGUCUCCUGGAGGGAGAGGGAAACUGCUGUUUGUCUCACUCAGAUAUCACCACCUCUCACCUUCUCCAUUGUGCAUGUUCCCAGCCACAUGGGAGGUGAAAGCUGAGAAGGGGAGGCAGAUGGGAGAAGCCAAUGGGAACUUCUCAGUGCUUUUUUCCUCUUUGGGGAAUAAAAUGGGGAACCCAUUAA